CUAACGUACACGCGGAAAUCAGUGUCAUUAGCAGCAGGAUACAAAAUAAUCUUAAUCAACUUUCGCUCAAAGAAUCCAAACAAGAUUGUGUAUACUGUUCUUUCUUUCCAAAUAAAUUCUUCUUUAUUUUUCUACAAUCAAUACACGAAGCUGUUAUGAAGCGAUUAUUUACGGUUACGGUUAACCGUUCGACCGGUUAUUACGGUUACGGUUAUGACCGGUUACGGUUAACCGUAACCGGUGCAUGCCUACCAGUGAAAAAAUAUCAAGAAAACAAGGACUUGGAUUCUUGAAUCUUCCACUCAAGAUCUUGAAACAUUUGAGUUAUUAAUGGUUAAUAAACGAAGUAAAAGUAAGAUUUUUACAGCAGCUUUAUUUCAAGACCUUGAAAAUGAGAAUAUAAAUUUUCGAAACAUAUAAAUAAAUAUUUAAAUGACUUUAUAUAAAGCUACUGUAAAAUUCUUACUGUUAUCUUGAAACAUCUUGGCUUACUUCACCCAAGAUCUUGGGAACAGAAAUUUCAAGAUCUUGGAUUCUUGAAUCUGUCACUCAAGAUCUUGCCCCGGAUCUUGGGAACAGAAAUUUCAUGCCUUGAGUGAAGUCACACAAGAUGUUGCAAGAGCUUGAAUGAUAAAUUUUCUUUACAUUUUGUCUUUAUUUAUGACAGCCGCAGGCAUUGGAUAUAUGACCAUAUAGAGUAACAGAUUCUUCCUUAAAUAACUAAGGCUAAAAAGGAAAAAAAUUCGAACUUAUUCUAGGAAAAUUUGCACUUAUAUUUAUACAAGAGUGUAAAAUAAGACGAUGAUUCAAGAAUUUCCAACCAACAAGUCAAGAAAUUACAAGAUGUUCCAGAUCUUGACUUCUAGAAAUUUCUUGAAUUCUUAUAUUUUCUUAUCAAGAUCUUGAAUCAAGAUCUUACUGAAAAAAUUCAAGAAGUCAAGAUUUUGGUUACAAGAAGUUUCACUAACGUAUUGAUUCGAUGAUCGACAGUGGCGUCCAACACUUACUAGUGAUAGAUGCGCCGUAGCCUAUUUGCUCGAUAGACACAAGUAUGAUUUAGCAGUUCAGUAUUUGCAUCCGUUUUAGUCCAGCAUGCGCAUGUAGAUUUGUUAUUAGCUGAACUGAUAUAUAAAAGAGCCAUUAUCUGGUAAAAAAACAACCUACUCUGGCAUUUUUAUGAAUGAUGAUUAGGCUAUAUGUAAAUAUUUGUCGUUUCGUCUUUUUUGAAGGUUUGCAUAUGUGAAAGAACUAAAAAGAGAAUAAAUGCUAUCUUCCUCUCUGUAUGUAAAAAUAAAGUUGAAAAUAUUGUUUUAUGUUACUACAGAAAAAGCACUAUGAAGGUCAAGUUUUGACAUGCCAACGCUUUUAAGAUAAAAUACUGUGAAAGACUGAGUCCGUUCAAGUGUCGCUUUUGCUUAAACGUUUUAGAGUAAAUAUUAACGUACGGCUGAUGGUCGAAGUUAUUCUUCUUACUUUUAGCUGCAAAUUUUUACAUAUCGUACACACUUUUUUAGGUGUUUAAAAUAUAUAACCUAUAUGAGACUUCCAAGCAGAUCCUUUUAACGAUCUACUAUCGGAAUUGGCACGAAAAGCUACAGUAGUGUUUUCUUUUUCUUUUAGAAUAAUGACUCGUCGAGCACAAACUGUUGAACCUAUUCUCAAUGCUUAUCAGUGUGCCAGUGACAAUAAAGAUUUCCAAGCCGUUUAUAAAGACAUAUUAGCUCAUCCUGAAUGGUUGUCAGUGAUUCCUGAUGGUAAAAAUUGGUCUAUAUUGCAUCAUAUCGUACAACACGGUGAUGUUCAACAAUUAAAUAGAUUAUUAGACUUACAACGUCAUAAUCUUCAGUUUCGUCUUUUAAUAAAAACAAAGGAUACUAAUUUAACCGUACUGGAUAUUGCAAAACAAAAUUCAACAAAACAUCCGGCAAUGUUUCAACGAAUUGAUCGGCUCACGAAAAUGGAUGAGCUUUUAAAUUUUGCUAAAGAAAAUCAAUGGGUAAAAUGUAAACAAUUGAUACGAGAAUGUCCUGAAAUUUUAAAUCAAAAGCCACCGUAUAGAAAAUAUUAUUUUUUACAUCAUAUUGGACAUGUAGGUGAACAAAACGUUUUUGAUGAAUUACACAAGCAAUAUCAAUUCGAUUUAAGUCUAAGUGUGGAUAAUGAUAAAACAGUGUGUGAAAUUGCUAGUGAGAACGGUCAUGAAAAUUUUGCCAAGUACGUGAAACAGUUACAAAAAAAUCGAACUCGUUCUUCCACACCUAGAUCAAAUAAUGAUAGAACUGCUCAGGCAACAAGUCAGAGCGAAGGAGAUGAGGCACAACUGUUGGCGGCUUCAACAGAAUGGAUUCGACGAUUUAAUAUGGCCGAUUUCAAAUAUGUAGUUGAUACAUAUUUACCCACGGCAAAACUGUAUGCUCGCAAUGCUG